UCUGCCUCUCAUGAGAUGGAGUCCCCCGUGCAGAUCUUCCGCGGGGAUCUGGGCCCGACCUGCCCUCCAGGUUCCUGCCUGCUGCCCAACAGCAGCAACUGGUUUCCAGGAUGGGCCGACCAGGAUAGCAACGAGAGUGACAACUAUGAGGACCAGCAGUUGAACCAUACGCGCAUCUCCCCUGCCAUCCCCAUCAUCAUCACAGCGGUCUACUCCGUGGUGUUUGUGGUGGGCUUGGUGGGCAACUCAUUGGUCAUGUUUGUGAUCAUCAGGUAUACAAAGAUGAAGACAGCAACCAACAUCUAUAUAUUUAACUUGGCUAUGGCAGAUGCUUUGGUUACUACCACUAUACCUUUCCAAAGCACUGAAUAUCUGAUGAAUUCUUGGCCCUUUGGAGAUAUGCUGUGUAAAAUUGUGAUUUCUAUUGACUACUACAAUAUGUUUACCAGCAUAUUCACAUUGACCAUGAUGAGUGUUGACCGUUACAUUGCAGUGUGUCACCCUGUCAAGGCUUUGGACUUCCGUACUCCCUUGAAGGCAAAGAUUAUCAACAUAUGUAUCUGGUUAUUAUCUUCCUCUGUUGGUAUAUCUGCUAUAGUCCUAGGGGGCACCAAGGUCAGAGAAGAUAUAGAUGCCAUCGAGUGCUCUUUGCAAUUCCCAGAUGUUGAUUAUUCCUGGUGGGAUCUCUUCAUGAAAAUCUGUGUCUUUGUUUUUGCAUUUGUGAUCCCAGUUCUCAUCAUCAUCGUUUGCUACACUUUGAUGAUCUUACGCUUAAAGAGUGUGAGGCUACUUUCGGGCUCUCGAGAGAAAGAUCGCAACCUCCGCCGAAUCACCAGGCUUGUUCUGGUAGUGGUGGCAGUAUUUAUCAUCUGUUGGACCCCCAUCCACAUAUUUGUACUGGUUGAGGCCCUGGGGAGCACCUCCCAUAGCACAGCAGUCCUUUCUAGCUAUUAUUUCUGCAUUGCUUUAGGGUACACCAAUAGUAGCUUAAACCCCAUUCUUUAUGCUUUCUUGGAUGAAAACUUCAAAAGGUGUUUUAGGGACUUUUGUUUCCCAUUUAAGGCCAGGAUGGAGCGACAGAGCACUACUAGAGUCCAAAACACAGUUCAGGACACUCCCUACAUGAGAGAUGUUGAUGGGAUAAAUAAACCUGUAUGA